AUGGACGAGGCUGGGGAGCGGCCGACUUCAGCCAGUGCCAACAGGCCUCUGGGGCGCAUGGUGCCGAGGGACCUGCCGCCGCUGCCCUCGGCGCCGCUCAACCCAGCUCGCGGGUCGAGGGUCCUUCCUCGGCGCGCCGCGCGGAAGCUCGACCGAGAGACUGCCGUCGGCCGCCGCGUGAACGACUGCGCCGCCGCCCUCGCCAACACGCACGGGGACGGCGACGUCUGCUCGGAGGCAGCCCUGAAAGAGUUGCUCGACCAGGACUCUCUGGGAUGCAAUCCAGAUGGUCCCACUGCGGCUGCGCCGCGCGAUCGCGAUCUGGUUGCACGGCCCGAGUCGGCGGGCCGCGUGAGCUUGCUGGAGGCACUGCCGGAGCCAGAUCGGCAGGAGGUGAUCGACGGUGAGAGUUCGCCUUUAUUUCGCGCUGACGAGGUCCGCCCUGGCGCCGCCAAGGUGCACUGCGAUAAGACCCUGCGCAACAACAGAGACGAGCGCGUGGCCUUUGUCCAGGACUUGCCGCGGCGGGACAUGGCACAGCUGCGCGCGCGUCGUGAUUUUGAAAUAAGAGUUUUCUCCGCGAAGAAGAAGGCCGGCAACGUUCGUUUGAUUGUGGACGCGAGAGCGGUCAACCAGGCGCUGAAGCGGCCCACCUCGACCCAUUCGGCGUCGACCGCGGCGCUGGCGGGCCUGGGGGCGGAGCCCGAUGACCAGCUGGCGUUCUCCCUGCAGGACAUCGCCGACUGCUUCUUCCAGCUCAGGGCGCCGGCACAUCGCGAGCUGCUCCGCGACGGCGGGCUCGGCGGCAUCGAGAGCGAGCUGGAGCGCCGCCGGCUGGCCCCAGGGGCGCGCGCCCAGCCGGCCCCGCGCGCGGCGCACGUCGACGACGAGAUUUCUGCGUCGUCUCAGCCCGGGGCAACCAAGCAGGCGCGCAGGCAAGCCGCCGCGGCGAUGGCUCAGGUCGGGCUGCCGCUGCGCGAGGUAGAGGCGGGCCAGAGCGUGGCGGAGGCGCCUGGGAUGGAGCUGGACGGCGUCCAGCUGAAGGCGCGGCUGGCGCGGGCAAAGCGCCGGCGGCUGCUGCGGGGCACAAGGGCGCUCCUGCGGCGCAGGCGGGUUGCGGGCCAGGAGGUGGAGAAGCUGACCGGCCACUUCACGCAUGCGAUGCUGCUGGGCCGGCCUGCGCUGAGCGCCUUCCGGUCGGCUCGCGACUUCGGUAGGCGCCACUACCGCGGGCCUGUUGCCUUGUGGCCCUCGGCGAGGCAGGAGCUGGUCAACGCGAUGAACUUGCUGCCGGUGCUCAUGGUCGAGCCCAGUCUGCCGCGGCCUGGGCCUACGACCUGCUCGGAUGCCACGCUCAAGGGCUACGCCGCGCAG